CCUCUCACCCCUCCGGCCCAAACCAGCCCCAGACACCACCACCACCAUGUCCGGCUCCUGCUGCGGCUCCACCUGCUCCUCCCUGGGCUGCGGGGGAGGCUGCUGCCAGCCCUGCUGCUGCCGCGACCCCUGCUGCUGCCGCCCCGUGAGCUGCCAGACCACCGUGUGCCGCCCCGUGACCUGCACCUGCCGCUGCACGCGCCCCAUCUGCGAGCCCUGCCGCCGCCCCGUCUGCUGUGACCCCUGCUCCCUGCAGGAGGGCUGCUGCCGCCCCAUCAGCUGCUGCCCCACGUCCUGCACGGCCGUGGUCUGCCGCCCCUGCUGCUGGGCCUCCACCUGCUGCCAGCCCAUCUCUGUGCAGGCGCCCUGCUGCCGCCCCCCCUGCUGCCAGCCUGCCCCCUGCCGCACCACCUGCAGGACCUCCUGCUGCUACUAACUGCACAGUCUAGAACAAGCAAUCAACCUUCUGAAAGAGUCAUACUCCUUUCUCUACCUAAGAAACCUCCUGCCCUAAACCAUCAAGACCCCAA